AAGUGACAGGUGUGUCCUUUCUAUAAAUAUUCAUGUCACAGUUCCUGCUCUCUCCUGUUUGUUGAGCUGGGAGGGUCAGGUUUAACCUUCAGAAAGAGGCAGAGACACCUGUACCAGGCUGAGACUCCAGUGAAAGCGAAUCACCUCUAUAAACUGGCAGAGAGAGACAUCCCUACCUGGGGGGGACGAAAGAGGGUUCUCUGCAUACUGGAGACAGAAACACACCUGUGAGGUGAACACGGAGAAGGCAAAGAUAUUGCAGCUUAGAAAGAGACUGUCUCUCCUGGAGACAGAAAUUAAGACAACCCUGUUCUCAGUACUUUAGAUACCAAAUUUAUGACUGGAAAGCAGAAAGGGAGCUCUAGAGACUGCAAGAAGAAAGAGCAGCAAAGUGACAGCAGCAGGAAAACAGCUUAAGGCACCUAAAAAGAAGGAGAAAAGUUCCUGCCUGGGGGAAUAAAACUGACACCUGUGCACCUUCAAAGGUGCAGGAGAGACUUUCAUUCACACAGCAGUCUCGCUGGCAUCCUGUGUACCUGGCACACAGAGAGAGAUUAGAGUACCUCUCUAGAGGGCAGACUUGGGAAUAACCAUCUGACAGUGGAUAAGAGGAGGCCUUACUACUUGGACAACUCUGUAGCUGAAGGGGAAACAUAUGUGCUGACGCACCAAGGAACAAGUUGCCAUCGCCGAGGGGCACAGAUAGGAGAGGGGCAACGUACAUUCCCCAGCCUAAUAACACAACUCUCAGGAACAGGUUAGUUUGAUCGCUACGUUUUACCAGCCACCUCCUGUCUCCAUGGCGGAGGCCUCGCACAGCUGGUGGAAGCUCACCUUUCUGCGCAAGAAGAAAUCCACCCCCAAGGUUGUGUACGAGUCUGUGACAGAGCACAUAGGCGAUGAGAAAGCACCGGAGGAAAACCAAGGAGAAAAUAACUACACUGCUCGACUAGAGAGAAUUGUGGAUAAGAACACUAAGGGUAAACACGUGAAAGUGUCCAACUCGGGACGUUUUAAAGAAAGGAAGAAGGUUCGCCCUGCGCUUAAUGAGACCCCAGGACUUUGUCCCGAACCACCACCAGGGCAAUGAGGUUCCAGCUGACGAACAGAGACUGUGCUAAAAAACAUGCAAGGCAAUAAGGCAGCAGGACCCCCAUACUGUGUAUCGAGUUCCCUGCCAGGCAAAAUUCCAGCGGGAUCCCCUUCCUCAUGAACAUAUGUGGGGGGGCUCAUAGUUACUUGAUUGCUUUAAACCGAUUGCUCCUUUUGUAAACUGGUGAAAUAAAUCAGCCGACGGAAGUGAGGAUAAAA